AUGGCUAAAACCAUCGCAGUCAUUGGUGCCACGGGCGCUCAAGGAGGCGGAGUGGUGAAUGUGAUGAAGAACACACCAGGCUGGAAAGUUCGUGCCAUCACAAGAAACCCGCAAAGCGAAGCGGCACAGAAAUUGGCUGGUGACGGAAUCGAAGUCGUCCAGGCUAAUCUGGACGAUGAUAGCUCUUUGAAGAAAGCCUUUGAGGGCGUUAAUGCCGUGUUCGCCGUGACGAAUUGGUGGGAGCACCUCUUCAGUGGCAAAUCCCCGGAUGAGGCGGGUGCUCUCGAGGAGGAACAAGGUAUGAAGCUUGCACGUGCCGCUGCGUCUCAACUCUCCACGGUUGAGCACUACAUCUGGUCGACGACGCCCAGUGCUAAACGUAAAUUCAACGGAGAGUAUGUUACGCCCCAUAUGGACUACAAAGCCAAUAUAGACGCCAGGAUCAAGUCCGAGUUGCCUGAGCUGGCGGCAAGGACAACAUACCUCUACUUCGGUUACUACCCGCAGAAUAUGGCCUACUUACCUCUUCUCCGGCCCUUCCAAGUCCCGGAUUCGGGGGCAUUUGCUCAAGUCACGCCAUCGAACCCGGACGCCAAGAUUCUUCUUUCCGGGGACAUGACAGUCAACCCAGGUAUCUGGGUCCGUCAAGCCAUCGCUACCGCGCCCAAGAGCUAUGGUAAAUAUGCCAACGUCGCGUUGGAGAAGUUGACUUUCCGCCAGAUGAUGGAAGCUUGGUCCGACAUCACGGGCAAAAAGGGUGUAUACCUCCAGUGUACUCCUGAACAAUGGACCGAGCUUUGGGGUCCAGCGGGUACUGAGUUGGCUUUACAAUUCAAAUUCGGAGAGUUGUGUGAUCCGUGGGCCGAGGAUGAUGAGUUCUUGAGCCCCGAGGAGCUUGCUAUUGACCCUAGUGAGGUGGUGGGUUUCAGAGGGGCGAUCGAGAAACUGAAGCAUUUAUUCUGA